GGGGCAGCACAGGGUCCUUGUAGCCACCGUUAGCUGCUAAUCAGAACAGAGCGGUACAAACAGCCCUGGCGACACACCGAGCAUCACCAAAAACACCACCCCGAGGAGAAAGAAACACACCUCCAGACCAUCAACGUCCAAUCUGUUUAAGAGAAGCUCUUUGAAGACAAAGAGUAUAAAGAUGCCUUCAGCAACAGUUGGCAAUAAUGCUGUUCAGUGUGCCACUCCUGACCUGGGAAAUGGAAGUCACUCUGAGACCAUGAAGCAGGUUCUUGGAGUAAUUGACAAGAAGGUUCGCAACAUGGAAAAGAAAAAGUCUAAAUUGGAUGACUACCAGGCCAAGAAGAACAAGGGGGAAAAACUAAAUCAAGACCAGCUGGAGGCCUUGUCAAAGUACCAAGAGGUCUUAAACAAUCUUGAGUUUGCUCGUGAAUUGCAAAAAAGCUUCAUAUCAUUGGGCCAAGAAGUUCAAAAGGCAGUAAAAAAAACUGCCAGGAGGGAACAGCUGCUGCGAGAGGAAGCGGAGCAGCGGCGGCUAAAGGCUGUUCUGGAACUGCAAUUUGUGCUGGACCAGUUGGGCGAUGAAACCGUCCGGAGAGACCUGAAACAGCCUGAUGCAUCUGGCUCUCCAUUAUUCACCGAGGCUGAUCUCGCUUUGUUUGAUGGAUUUUACAAAAUGGUGGGACCUGAAAGGAGCCAUGAUAUCAGGCUGAGUGAACAAUAUGAAGAAGCCUCACAACACUGGUGGGAUCUACUUGAAGGCAGAGACAAGGCAGUGGCAGGGACAACCUAUAAAUUCUUGAAGGAAUCUCUUGAAAAGAUAUUGGCAAGCGGUUACUUUGACAGAGCACAAAGCCAUCAUAAUGGCACAUGUGAAGAGGCAGACAAACCGGAGCAGAUGGUGGAAGUUGAGGCCAAAGAAGACUCAUUACCAGAAGCAACAGUUACAGAAAAAUAUACAGAACCUAUUCAAGUGGAAACAACUGAGUUUGUGAACAGGCAGUUUAAUUCUGAAGCUGCCUACAGUAGCACAGAGAAAGUGGAAGAAUGGGCAAUGGAAGCUCAGAUGGUGAACUCAUUACAGUGUCAAUCCCCCGCUCCUGCUCCUGAGCCAACAGUUACUGUGAACCCUCUCACCCCAUGUCCUCCUCCUGACCCUGUGGUCCGAAAGCAGGCAGUCCAGGACCUAAUGGCCCAAAUGCAAGGAACGUACAACUUUAUGCAGGAUUCCAUUUUGGAGUUUGAUGGACAGGCCCUGGACCCUGCUAUUGUUUCUGCGCAGCCGAUGAAGUCUGCGCAGACUGUGGACUUGCAGCAAAUGGCACACUCAGAAUCCAGAGUUUCUCAGACAUGUGCAAUGACUGGCCCUCAGGAACCUUCACAACCCUCUAUCCCAUGUUCCCUGUCCUCUGCCUUUCCACCUGUCUCCAAACCUACCCACACUGGUGGCAUCAAUGUCAACGCAGCUCCUUUUCAGUCAGUGCAAGCGGUAUUUAAUAUGAGUGCUCCAGUCCCCCCUGCCAGGGAGAGUCCAGUGGAGGCUUUGAAACAGGCCAGUCAGUUUCCAGGUGGCUACACACAAAGCUUUAGCCAGCAGGAAAACAAAGUGGACCAGUCUGAAAUUCCACAACAAACAUUACAGGCAGCUGUUGGUGGAUUUCAGCCUCAAGACCAAGUUUUGUCUUCUGUGGGACAUGAAGAACCCUCGGGAGGUGCUGGGUUUGGCCAGUCUGCCCAGUUUUACAAUGGCAGGAGUGCGCCCAGAGGUGGCCCCCGCAACGGACGGGGUAUGAUGAACGGCUACAGAGGAUCCGCCAAUGGUUUCAGAGGCGGAUAUGAAAACUACCGACCGCCUUUCACAAAUGCUCCAAAUAGUAAUUAUGGGCAGACACAAUUCACUGCAUCUCGAGACCUCUCAAACAGUAGCUACCAGAGGGAGCAAGGCUUCAAAAGGGGAGCUGCCCAAGGACCUCGCAGUCUGCCUCGAGGGAACGCACAAGCAAUGCGAUCUUAAAAGCUCUUAAGUACAGGAGUCAUGCCACGUUAAACAUUCAGGAUCUUUUGAAUGUUUUACUCUAGCUUACUUUUAUAACAUUUUGUUUUAAACCCCUCGUCCACUCAUCAGAGUCAGCCUGCUUUGGUCUUUUUAGGUCAAUUUUAACACAGUAUGCUGAAUUUCACAAGUAGAAGCAAGUAUGUAUCUGUUAUAUAAUAACAUAAUAGCUUUUCCUGUAAACUUGAAAGAUUUCAUUAAUUUAUUUUUUGUACAAAAUAAAAGCAAAAAAUACCCUGCCAAUUUACAUUAAGAUUAUCUUCUACUUUGUUCUUUUCCCUUUUGUUCUUAGAAAUUUAAUGGAGCAAUUUUUUAUCUUUUUUUAAUCUGUCAUAUGGCUCUUACACCGUCAACUUUGUACACUGUCAUUGGUUGAGACUGUUUCAAUAAAGUUGUGCUAUAUUAUUA